AUGAAGGAACUACUUAAGAAGCGUCGUCGUGUGAGGCUCUACACGCUCGAACCCAGAGCACUCGUUCAGCGCUUACCAAAGGUGGACGGUGUUGAAGUUGCGAAAUCCGUCGGAGGGCCACUCGAUCGAGAUCUUAUCUCCAUCAUGACGUAUAGAUACUCGUCUUUCUUUGUGAUUGGUGGGAACGGGAAGGUUCGGGACUUCGAUAGGAAGCCGGAAAGCAAUUCUUACACUUGGGCAGAUAAACUGGAGCCCAAGGUUCUGGAGGCGGUCAAAGCUGCCCACGGUGCUCCAGAGCCGACCGUUUCAAUUCUGGCUAGGCAAGUUGGGCCUGCAGAGGAUGCAGCCGUCGCCUCGAGUCGUUCGCUUAGUAGGAAGCUGACAGAAGGCGUUAAGAGCGUCCUCGAACGUGUCACUUCCACUCUAACGUCCUCUCGUGCCCGUUGA